AUGUCGAGUUCCGACGAGGGCGAAAUCUUCGAGGCUAAUGGAGCCGAUUUGAAGGCAUCUUCACUGACGCGCGCAAAAGGAAGCAGCGUUGACCGUCGAGAUAGACUACCAGACUGGGAAUCGCCCGAUCGCGACGCUCGGAGAAGCCGCUCCCCGAGAGGCUACAAGCGCGACCGCGAUGACUACGAUGCGCGCAGCCGGCGACGCGAUGCGCCCCGCGACUCCCGUGACGAUUACAAGCGUUCAAGAGUAUCGUACGACGACUUGGACCGGUCAUCCGGACGCCUAGAUGGCAGAGACAUCCCAAACCGUAGCCGGAACCGCAGCCGGGACCGCAGCCGGGACCGCUACAACGACCAGGGCGAUCGCAAUCGAGGCUACAGUGACAGGCGCGAGCGUAGAGGCUCGCCCGCCCAUCGAUCACGACAAGACGAUCAAGGCAGUGGACGAAACGGAGACGGCCGGCGCAAUCAUGGUCUCAGCUACGAUGACCGCGACUCUACCAUGGCAAGUUCUGGGUCAAGACGGAGCACCGGGGCACCAGUACCCCCCACAGCAAGCAGAGAUGCUAAAUCACACAAAAACAGUGCAGAGACUGGUACCGCUCGCACCGAUCCAGCACUCAAGUCAGUGCAUUUCGCAGAGUUUGACAGCAGCGGCGUGCUGACCAGCUCCAGAGAACCUGCGGCUGAUGCAGAUGUCGACUAUGAUAACCAAGAGGAAUUUGAUGAAGAGGCCGAGAUUGAACGUCGCCGCAAGCGCCGCGAGGCACUUCUUGCAAAAUCGAGCUCCGCUACACCCUUGCUUCUCCAAGCCGUCGGGGCCACCGAAAAGGUUGGCGCAGCGUCUCCAGCAGUGUCAGAUGGCACGCUAGACGCAGAGACGCCGCAAACACCGCAGUCCAGUACGUUGCAGCCUGCCUACAAACUACCGCCCUCUAACAAGUUAGACAUAACAUCACCUCGAUCCCCAGCAUCCAACGAUGCCAUGUCUCCGGGAAAACUUGACCUCACCGAUGACCGGGCUUUGAUGAACAGCCACGCCGCCCCGAAAGACGACGACGACGGUCCGUCCGCGGCUGAUUACGACCCGACAGUUGACAUGAAAGUGGACGAACAGCGGGACGAGCUCCGACAAGGCCAUGCAGUGGACGGCAUGCAUGCAGACGUCGAGGAGUCAAAUGGAGACGGCGCCAAAGACGAAGGCGCAGACGAUGACGGCUUCGACAUGUUUGCCGACAACUUUGACGAGGAAAACUACGCAACCAAGCCGACCCAGGGUGCAGACGAGGCAGUUGACGGCGGCAGAGGUAUUCUCGAAGGCGACGAUAAGGAUGGCUACUACAAGAUGCGAGUAGGCGAGGUCAUCAACGGUCGCUACCAGAUUCAGUCGACUCUCGGCCGCGGUAUGUUCUCCGGUGUAGUGCGUGCGCUCGAUACGACGACAAAGAUGCCGGUAGCUAUCAAAAUCAUGCGAAACAACGAUGCUCUCCGGAAAGGCGGCUACACAGAAAUUGCCAUCCUAGAGAAGCUCAACGACGCAGACCCGGAGAAUCGCAAGCACAUUGUCAAGUUUGAAGUCUCGUUCGACUACCGCGGGCAUCUGUGCAUGGUGUUUGAAAGCCUGAGUAUGAACCUGCGUGAGGUGCUGCGCAAGUUUGGCAACAAUGUCGGCAUCAAUCUGGGCGCCACGCGAACGUAUGCGCACCAAAUCUUCGUGGCAUUGGCUCACAUGCGCAAGUGCAGCAUCAUUCAUGCUGACUUAAAACCCGACAACAUUCUGGUGAAUGAAAAUCGAAACAUGCUCAAAAUCUGCGACUUGGGAACCGCCAUUGAUCGAUCCGACGCGGCGACGGCGCAUACAGAAAUCACCCCGUAUCUCGUCAGUCGAUUUUACCGAGCCCCGGAAAUCAUCCUCGGCAUGUCGUAUGACUACGGGGUCGACAUGUGGUCGAUCGGGUGCACGCUGUACGAGCUCUACACGGGCAAGAUUCUGUUUACCGGUGACAGCAACAACCAGAUGCUCAAGGCGAUCAUGGAAAUUCGCGGACGCUUCACUCCGAAGCUGUACAAGCGCGGCCAGCUGUCAGCAGGCCAUUUCGACGACCUGGGCCAGUUCGUGAGCGUAGAACACGACAAGGUUCUCAACAAGACCGCGGUGCGGACGCUGGCCGUGGUCAAGCCAACGCGGGACCUGCGCACGCGCCUGAUGGCCGCGUCGACAGGCAUGAGCGACGCUGAGGCCAAGGACCUCAACCACUUUGUCGACCUGCUGGAGCAGUGCCUGGCGCUGAACCCGGACAAGCGGAUCAAGCCCACGGAAGCGCUGAGGCAUCCGUUCUUUACGUCGAGGGCAGGCAGGCGGUAG